AAAAUAAAAUAAAAUAAAAUAAAUCACUAUCACGUGCUCUUCUUCUCUACCGGUUGUCACUCCUCUGAGUCCUCUCCUCCUUUAAUUGUUCAUACUGGACCUCGAAUCCCUCACACACCAGAUCGCAGUUUGAGUUUCAAAAAUUAGGUCAAAUUCGCAAAAGAAGUCCUCUUUCUGCAUUUGAAAAUUACAGCAAUAAAUCGAAAAGCUCGCAAGUUGUGGUGAAUCAGUUCCUUCUAAAUUGUCGGCUACCAGUAGCAGCAAGCUUUCCGAGAUGUCUGGUGACGUCGAGAAUCCGAAAUCUAGUGAAGUGAAUAAAAAUGCAGAUGCAAAUGGAUCAUCUGUGUCUGAAGUUCAAGUGACAUGGUACAGUAUCUUGCGUCAGCAAGUAUCUGUCUAUGGAGUAGCUGCUGGGUAUUGUCUUUCAGCAUCUUUACUCUCGAUCAUUAAUAAAUGGGCUGUUAUGAAGUUUCCAUAUCCUGGUGCACUCACAGCGCUGCAGUAUUUCACCAGUGCUGCCGGUGUUUUAGUUUGUGGGUGGCUAAAGUGUGUAGAGCAUGACCGUCUUGACCUUAUGACCAUGUGGCGGUUCCUUCCGGCUGCGAUUAUCUUCUAUCUCUCUCUUUUCACCAAUAGUGAGCUCCUCCUCCAUGCCAAUGUAGACACUUUCAUUGUCUUUCGUUCUGUAGUCCCCAUUUUUGUUGCCAUUGGAGAGACACUCUUUCUGCACCAGCCAUGGCCAGCACUAAAAACUUGGGCCUCACUUGCCACUAUCUUCGGUGGAAGUGUCAUUUACGUGAUGACAGAUUAUCAAUUCACAGUGAUGGCUUAUAGCUGGGCAUUAGCUUACCUUGUUAGCAUGUCCAUUGAUUUUGUAUAUAUAAAACAUGUGGUUAUGACCAUUGGUUUGAACACAUGGGGCCUUGUGUUGUACAAUAAUCUUGAGGCUCUCCUACUCUUUCCAUUAGAGCUGUUUGUUAUGGGCGAGCUGAAGAAGAUAAAGCAUGAGAUUUCUGAUGAGUCAGAUUGGCAUUCGUUUAGCGUUAUCCUUCCGGUGGGAUUAUCUUGCUUGUUUGGACUUUCAAUCUCAUUUUUUGGGUUUUCUUGCCGAAAAGCCAUAUCUGCCACAGGCUUUACAGUUCUUGGAAUAGUGAACAAGUUACUAACAGUUGUUAUCAACCUUAUCAUCUGGGAUAAACAUUCAACUGUUGUGGGGACAAUUGGUCUUCUUGUAUGUAUGUUGGGUGGUGUUAUGUAUCAGCAAUCUACAAGCAAUAAACCCAAGCCUAUGAAAGCUGCAGAACCACAAGAAACCCAAGAGGAAGAACAGAAACUGUUGGAAUUGCAAAGCAAAAAUGAAGAAAAUUUGGAGCCUAACUCUGAACUAAGACUAGGGAAAUAAAUUGGAUUCUGAGGGUAUUUUCUGCUGUUCUGUUACCAGAGGACUAAUUCUCUUUGCUGCCUUGUGCCGUAUUCGAAACAUGGCUGGAAAUUUUGGGUGCAUUGUCAGGUAAACUGCAAGGCCACUGGUAUUUUCUCUUUUAUCAGAUACUAGUGCCGACUAGUGUGAAUUCUUGUGGUGGUUUGCAGGGCUUAUAAUGUGCUGGCUCAACUACCAGAUAAAAGACACACAUUUAUACCUGAGUAUUCAUGAUUUACAUGUCUAGUUCCUUUCCUAUACUAACUGUCCAACAGCAAUUCAAAAUUAUGCUGUUAUUUCUUUGCCACUUUUUGUUAUAUAAGAGAUUUGUGACUACAAGUUGAACUCCUAUUUUUUGUUAUUGGAGGUGAUAUUGUGUACUAUUGUAGUGGUUUGCAUAGUUAUAUUGUGCUGGUUCAACUACCAGAUAAAAGAUAUACAUUUGUGCCUGAUUAUUCAGGCUUUACAUGUGUAUUCCCGAAGCUACAUAACUGUUCAACAGCAAUUUAAGAUGAUCUUUUUGUUU